CUGGAGGAGAAGGCCUGUUCAAACUCACCAGUCAAGUUACAGUAAACCUGUUCGGUAAUAAAUAUAUAAAUAUCAAAGUGACUUCAAACCACACGAUGUCUCUUGUCAUCAGUUCACUUUUUCUUGUUUUUACUUUUUAUUCACUUGUGUUCGUACCUCUUCAAUUAUUAGAUUGCUUUCCCUGUAAGGCUAAGCCCAAAUGUGGUUCAAUUUCUAGCAAUUUACGGUUGGAGAAGCAGAUCAGGUGAAGAAUAUCCGAUUAAUAUAUAGUCCUUUCUUGUCUUUCAGCUCAUAUGAUCUUGAGAAUUUCACCCUACAGCCCUGUGUAAUUUUUUGAUCUCAUGGCUUCUUCUUCUUCUUCUUCUACAUCGACCAUCAACCUUCCAAAAAAACAUAAUGUCUUCCUUAGCUUUAGAGGGGAAGACACCCGUGUUGGUUUUUCCAGCCACCUUCAUGCAGCUUUGAAACGGAAAAACAUCCUUACUUUCAUAGAUAAUGACCUUAGGCGAGGAGAAGAAAUUUCUCCAUCACUUGUAAAAGCAAUUGAAGACUCCAUGCGCUCUGUUAUCAUUUUUUCCCAAAACUAUGCUUCUUCCAAAUGGUGCUUAGAUGAGCUAUUGAAGAUUCUUGAAAGCAGAAAAAUUAGAGGGCAGAUUGCUAUUCCAGUAUUCUACGAGGUUGAUCCUUCUGAUGUAAGAAAGCAAAGUGGAAGCUUUGGAGAUGCAUUUGCGCAACUUGUAAAGAGGAAAGCUUUGGAGAUGGAGGCGGAGCAAUGUUUCAGAGCUGCUUUGAACGAAGCUGCCAACAUAUCUGGCCAUGACUCAAGGAAGAUCGAGAAGAACUUCGCUGGGAUUAGGUCGACAAUGUUGUUGCGAGGAGGGUAUGAGAGAAUCACAACGCCAUUAUGUUGGGUGAUUCAUGGUACGAGACGUAAAAAUAUCAAAGAAAUACAUGGACGAUCCUGCAACCCUUCUAUAACUUGAUCUGGAUUUGUGGUUGUAGAUUGGAUCGACCAAUGGACUCGAUAGAAAUCGGGUUUACAGUAUCUUAAACACUAUGACUGAAGAUAUACAGACGAGUAGUAUAUCGACCAUUGGUUCUUCGCAAUCGAGUUUGAGCUCUAAAUCUCCAGCCGUCUAGGUGAUUGUACAAGAACAAGUUGAAGAUUAGAUGACCUGACUUAGUGUUGACAUGACCUAACUUAGGUCCAAAACGACCAAACUUAGGCGAUUGUACAAGGAAUUGUUGUCAAACUUCGAUGCUACGUGUAGUUUACCUCAUCACCCACAUGGUCCCAAUAAAGAUCCACCCUCAUCUCCUCCUCUACCUUCAGCUUUUGUCAUCUAGAUAAAUUGUAUUCAAACUUAUAUUUUUUAAAUUAGUGAUAAAUAUUUAGUGUUUUUUUUUA